AUGAUGCUUUUGCUUGCCGAUCCGAGCUCGAACAACAACGCUCUUUCGUUCAUAUUCAUCAUUUUGAACGGACUUCAAGGCGUUUUCAUCUUCAUCUUCUACGUCCUACUCCGCGAGGAUGUCCUGAAAACCAUGGGAUUCGCCAUCAAACCCAGAAAAGAGAAACCAACCAUCACCCAAAAGCGCUCUGGUCUAACAGAUUCGUCAAUCUUGGACCAAACGCCAUCGACAGAAAUUCCAGAGGAGAAGUUUUUCCAGGCGAUCUCGCAAAAAUCAUCAUCGAACAUUUCAACGAAGCCAAUUGGCAACAGCCCGAAGUUGUUGAGGAACAGACACGUGUUCUGGAAGAGUCCUACGAUUCGACCAGAUACUGCAGAUGGCCCUCGCGGAAAGUCAGAAAGGCAACCUCCAGAAGCUGGCCAAAAUUUGAUGACAGAAAAACGAACCGUCAAAACAACGACCUCGCUUCCCACUUUUGGAUCCUCAAAAGACCCUGCUAUCGAAGAUUUCCGUCGAUGA